ACUUUUUGGGUUCUUCUGUUGUUCUUCGAAGUUGAAAGAAGAGCAGGUACCUGCGUUUAUAGUUAAUUUACUCCGUUAGAUUUCUUUAAGACGGCUUUAAUGGACUCAAAUUCCACAAUCUGGGAACAAAUUGAACGCUCUGAGAGUUGCCUUGUUGCUUCUAUGUAUGAAGAAGCUGCGUCAUUGGCUUCCUCGGUUUUAAAUAGAAUUUGCAACAAUUUGGAUAUUCAAGUUGCUGAAGAAAAAUCUGAGUUGAAUGAUAUGAUGGUAUCUGCUGGUAUGGUGUUGGUUCAGUCCUUGAGCCGACUUGGCAGGGCAUCAGACAUUUCGAAGGAGCUCAAACUGCUGUUUGUGUCUGUUGAUGCUAUACCUGUUCAAGUUCUUCUUACUGGGGUAUGCUUUCAGAUAUCAGAAGGCUCAUCUUUAGGUGUCAGAGAGUUUCUUGAAGAAUUCCUUGAGAAGUGGCAUUUUGUGGAUGAAAACUAUUAUGUUCUUAAUGGUGCACAAAUAGAUGUUAAGGCGCAGCAAGGGUAUGAGAAUAGCAGCAUUUUGGGAGUUGAUGAGUAUAUUCAGGUCGUUGAACUCUAUGCUGUGUCACUUCUUGGCGCAGCUUUGAAAGAUGUGGACCAUGCAAUUGCUUGGGUGGAGAAAGCUGCUUUACCUGAGGAAAAAAGACAGGGACUUUUGAGGAGAUUGCACUCCUUGUACUCUCUUAAAGCUACCAACUCAUCACAGGGAUCCUCAGAUUUACCAGCAAAUAACCCUGAUUCUCACCGUUCAUCCUCAAAAGGACUUAAUGUUUCUAAGGACCCUUUGAAAGUUUUUGAAACCAGUUACCUGCCUAACACAGAGAAUAAUACAAAAACAGGAAUUUUGAAAUUGUCCAAGUGUAUGGACCCGUAUUUCUGGUGGAACCGAACAAUCACUUUGAAGUUUGGAAAUGCACGAUUUGUCAUAACUAGUGGGAAGAUUUUGCUUGGAUGCUUGGUGUUUCUCAUUUACUAUGCUUUCCGGUGGAAACAAGCGAAAGUAAAAGGGGUUAUUAGCAGACACGUUUUAUCCAUGAAGAAGGCUUUGAUAGAUCUAUGGCAGCUCACAUUCUCAUACCAAGUAAAUCCCCUAGCUGCUGUUCAACCUCUUCCUGCUCCAACACGAGGUGGCCGGUGACGACUUCAAAGGAAAAGAAAGUAUAAUAAUCCUCACCAAUGAUCUCAUUAGUUGGUAUGUUGUACAUUCAUCUUUUUUUGGAUGGUUACCAUCCAGCCAGGUAUCACCUUGAUCAUAUAAAUUAAACAAAAUAAAAAAAUACCGAAAGCUUAAGGUUUCGGAGCUGUCACUUGUACUUUUUACGGGCGAGUUAGCGGUCUCCGUAUUUUUACUGGCUUAAAUGCUGUCUUCGUCUGUUUUCUUUGGUGGAACUGAGAACCUGAAAUCGAGAUUAUGAAUUUGCGGCCAUUGUUUCAGUUAAAAAUCAUGUUUUACCAUCAAAGAAAUGCGACUUAUUUUUCUGUUGAAGUUGCUUCCAAUUUUUCCUUUGAGUCAAUUUUGUAUGAGUUGAUCUACAUGGAUAUUCACAAAUUCGAUCGGUGUAUCAAAUCAAAAUUUACCAUCUCUAAUAAUGACACAACUCUAAUAAGAAUUUGCACA